AUGAAGAUCCUUCCCAAGCUGGAGCGCAAGUUGCGCCGGCUGAAGAAAAGGGUAACCCGGACAUCACUGGUCAGAAAAUUGGAUUUGGUUCACGAGAGUGCCCGAAAGAAGGCAUUUCAGGAGAGUUGUGAGACCUACAGAAAUCAGAUUGAGAAUGAGUACGAGAUCAGGAAUAGUUUGCCCAUCCUGGUUCAAGCAGAGCUGUCCCGUAGCGAUAAGGAGGCAUUCCUCAGCGAUGGUAGCUUCCACCAGGCGGUGGGCAGAGUGCUCCUAGUGGCGGAGUUCUUCGCCAUGAUGCCGGUCAAGGGUGUGACGGGCAAACAUCCUUCGGAUCUGAGCUUCUCCUGGCGCAACAUACGCACCUGUUUCAGUCUGCUUUUCAUCGCCUCGAGCUUAGCCAACUUUGGACUGUCGUUGUUUAAGGUGUUAAACAAUCCGAUCAGCUUCAACAGUAUUAAGCCCAUUAUAUUCCGGGGAUCUGUCCUGCUGGUCUUGAUAGUGGCUCUAAAUCUGGCUAGGCAGUGGCCCCAGUUGAUGAUGUACUGGCACACUGUGGAGAAGGAUCUGCCGCAGUACAAGACGCAGUUGAGCAAGUGGAAGAUGGGUCAUACCAUAUCCAUGGUCAUGCUGCUGGGCAUGAUGCUGUCCUUUGCGGAGCAUAUCCUGAGCAUGGUAUCGGCUAUAAACUACGCUUCUUUCUGCAACCGCACCGCCGAUCCCAUCCAGAACUACUUUCUGCGCACCAACGACGAGAUCUUCUUCGUGACCAACUACUCCAUAACUCUGGCCUUGUGGGGCAAAUUCCAGAACGUGUACUCGACAUUCAUAUGGAACUACAUGGACAUGUUCGUGAUGAUUGUGAGCAUUGGACUCGCUUCGAAGUUUCGCCAGCUCAACGAUGAUUUGCGAAACUUUAAAGGAAUGGUAAGGCAAUGCAAGCUAAAUCUUAUGAAAACCAAUAACCACUUGCAGAACAUGGCUCCAACUUACUGGUCAGAGCGACGUAUUCAGUACAGAAAUAUAUGCAUACUGUGCGACAAAAUGGAUGAUGCCAUAUCACUCAUUACAAUGGUGUCCUUCUCCAACAACUUGUAUUUCAUUUGCGUCCAGUUGCUGAGAAGCUUGAACACCAUGCCUUCGGUGGCCCAUGCUGUGUACUUCUACUUCUCGCUCAUCUUCCUAAUUGGUCGCACUCUGGCGGUUUCACUGUACUCCUCGAGUGUUCAUGACGAAUCCAGGUUGACUUUGAGAUACCUGCGCUGUGUACCCAAGGAGUCCUGGUGUCCGGAGGUGAAACGAUUUACGGAGGAGGUGAUCAGCGAUGAGGUGGCCCUCAGUGGCAUGAAGUUUUUCCACCUCACAAGGAAGCUGGUGCUGAGUGUGGCUGGAACCAUCGUCACGUACGAACUCGUUCUCAUCCAAUUUCACGAGGACAACGACCUGUGGGACUGCGAUCAGAGCUAUUACUCAUAGGAGGAUGUU